AUGGUGGGAGACCACAUGUUUUUGAAGGUCACACCUAUAACUGGAAUUGGGAGGUCAAUUCAUGCGAAGAAGUUGACUCCUAGAUUUAUUGGGCCAUUUGAAAUUUUUGAGAGAAUUGGGCCUUUGGCAUACCGAAUUGCCUUACCCCCUCAUUUGUCGGGUGUGCACGAUGUAUUCCAUGUGUCUCAACUGAAGAAAUAUCAACUUGACCCUUUACAUAUGAUUGAGCCCGAGGAUGUGGACUUACAUGAGAAUUUGACAUAUUGGGCAGAGCUUGAGAAAAUUGUGAAUGUUAAGGAGAAACAACUGAGACAUAAGACAAUUUGGCUGGUGAAAGUCAUUCAGAAAGGGAUGACUUCUAGUGAUACUACAUAG